AUGAACUCCUCUCUUGCCGACUUCCCUCUCGUCCCGGCGACGACCUCUGCAUCGCGACCGCAAGAACAACAGGAUGGGGCUGUGCGCAAGGAGUUUGCAUUCGACCCGAUAGAGGAUGCGCUCGCGGCGUUCGGGCGCGGGGAGUUUCUCGUCGUAAUGGACGACGAAGGUCGGGAGAAUGAGGGCGACCUGAUCAUUGCGGCGAGCGCAAUAUCGACGCAGAAGAUGGCGUGGCUCAUAAAACACUCCAGCGGCUACAUCUGUAUCUCGCUGCCCGGAGACCGUCUCGAGCAGCUCCAAAUACCCAUGAUGGUCCCGGAGAACGAGGACCCGCACAAAACUGCGUACACCGUCACCGUGGACUACAGACACGGCACCACGACCGGCAUCUCCGCGCACGAUCGCGCCCUCACCGCGCGCGCGCUCGCGUCUCCCUCCACCACCGCGACGUCCUUCAGCCGCCCAGGGCACAUGGUUCCGCUACGCGCGCGCCCGGGAGGAGUUCUUACGCGCCGCGGGCAUACGGAGUCCGCGCUUGACCUGUGCGCGAUCGCGGGGCUGCCGCCGGCGGGCAUCCUGUGCGAGCUGGUGGAGGACAACGAGGAUGGGAGCAUGAUGCGCCGGGAUGCGUGCAGGCAGUUCGCGGACCGCUGGGGGAUCAAGAUGGUGAGCGUGGAGAUGCUGGCUAGGUGGCGCGAGGAGCACGAGAAGACGGGCGCGCGUUAA